ACGACUUUGCAGAGAACGCCCUUGUGCAGGGGCUACCAACAUGUUCCUGCUCUCCCAUCCACUUACCCUCUACGCGUCUCCGAACCGCCAUCACCGCUUAUUUUCAACUACAGGUUUAUAAAAUUUCCUGGAAACCAAUAAUUACGACGUUUGUGGGAUUUCGAACCCCUAAACCCACCCCCUACUGCGGUUUUCCCCGACAUUGAAUUUCACCACCCAACAGAGGCACCCAGCUCACACAUCGCUACUCUUUCAUCCGCAUUGCUACAACCAGAUAAUUAUCGCCGCCGGUGACGGAUUUCAACGAUUAACCACUUUCACAUUCAAUACCGGGGAAGGAAGCCUAGCAGGUUUAAAUCAGCUAGUUGGAUUUUACCACGAAGCUGCCAAGUUGUUUUCUCUACCUACACGGGUGUUGACACUCCUCGCCUCCGACCCCGGCUGCGGUGGUAUGGAGGGCCCGAGGAGUGAGGAAGCAGAGGAUGACAAUGACAUUGAGAGUGUUGCGUCAAACAGAUCCCGGAGGUCCACUAGCAAGUCUACCUGGAGGCGGAAGGUAUGCCCGGUUUUCAUUGUAAGUUAAUGAAACCCUUAGCUAACGGGACCUUGAACAGCGAGAUAAUAUAGAGCUCAAGAGCGCUGGGGAAGAAGACGAGGAGGCUGAAGACCAGUCCUCUCCAGAUGACAAAUCAACUUCUGAAUCAUCCUCUAUUGCCACCUCUUCCUCAGACGGCGAUGACGAUGAAUAUGGGGAGGAUGAGGAUGAGGAUGAGGAUGAGGAAUGGCGAGCUGACAAUAAUGGGGAGCCCUGGCAAGGUGCGGAAGACGAGGAUGCCGAAAAGCCUGCAAAGAACCUCUGCAUGUGAGGACCCGCUAUAAGCUCAACUGAAUCGACCUUUAGCCCGGACGCUGAUAUUGGCUCUGAUAGACAUUGCGACCAGGACGAAGAUAAUGAUCCCAGUCCUGAGUACGAAGAUCCACUUGAAUGCAUUAUCUGUGGCUCCUUUGGUAAUUCUCUAGACUUCAUAUCUACAUGUACGAAUUCACUAACGCAUAUACGUAAUGUUUAGCUCACAAGCAAUGCGAUCGUGCAGCUAAUGAAUGUGGCGGAGUAAAGUCGGCCUUUGAUGAAGGUAACAAGACUAACCAGAUCCUCUUCAGCCUCUAAGGAAAAAGCAGUCUUUUCUGACAUCUAUCAAACAGAAACCUCAAAAUGGCGAUGUCCAACAUGUGCUGCAAGGGGGCAUGAGGUGCCGAAUCUGAAAGACCCGUCUUCCCAGUCCAAGCAUUACAGGCGGCUGAGCAUAGGUAAGAAUAUAGAUCAUGUUACACUUGUAUAUGAGGCGUGCUAACCAAUGAUCGUUCUCGUAGCUAAAGAGGAAACGCCAAGGUUAAGGGACCGGAAGCGGAAGCGUGAUGAUUCAAACGAAGGCACAGUAAGCUCUCGGCGAAGAAAGCGAGGAAAACCCAAUCUACCAAAGAAGAACGGGAACACCAGCGACGAUGAAGAUGGCGAAUUUGAACUCGAGCCGGAAGACGAACAUCAGAUGGAAAUUUCCCAUGACGAAGAACAAGACACUGCCUCGGCAAGUUAUUCGGAUAUACAUGAUACACCUCCCAAAGGAAAACAAAAAUUAUACGAACCACGGACACCUGUUGUUACCUAUAAAAGAACAGCGCGCAAAUUCCAACUGCAUAUCACAAACCUCACACCAGGCAAAUUAGCAACUGUCCUUACAAGGACUUCUAACCCCAAUCUCAUUCUGCCAAAACCGAAGUCAAUAUCAUCAGGUCAGAAAACGGAGGUUCAGAGGCCAGAGAAGGUGCCCGGCCGCAGAGGCCGGCCCCUUAAAUCUGCGGUUGCUAGGGUCACACCGAAGACCCAUGUACCAAAACCAGUCUUCCACAAUUUCUCGCCUCAAGACGAUGAAAAGUCUAAACCUUAUGGUGGGAUUCUUACUGAAGAAGAGGCAUCCACUGAAUUAACUCUGCCUGGGGCUGAGGAAAGAGACCGCUUUGAAAAGGCUCGUGCUGAGGCAGAAUCGGAAAGGGAGACUCGCUUGGUAAUAUCUACAUCGCUCAACCCUCAGCCCAAACAAAAGCACAGGGACCGGAAUACCAAGUUUGCGGAUGCUUCGAAGAUCGAAUGUAUCCAUUUCGGGGAAUACGAAAUUGAUACUUGGUAUACCGCACCUUAUCCACAAGAGUACAGCGAAAAUCGUGUGUUGUGGAUAUGCGAGUUUUGCCUAAAAUAUAUGAAUAGCGAGUAUGUCGGAUGGAGACAUAAGGCAUGUCCUUCUAUUACCAAUUUUCAACCCAUUUCUAAUCCUUUUCCCAGAUGAAAUGUGAGAGCAGACACCCGCCAGGUGAUGAAGUAUACAGAGAUGGCUCGAUAUCUGUUUUUGAAAUCGAUGGCAGAAAGCACUCGCUAUACUGUCAAAAUUUGUGUGUGCUUGCAAAGCUGUUCUUGGGAUCCAAAACGUUGUAUUACGACGUGGAACCAUUUUUAUUUUAUGUGAUGACUGAAUGCGAUGAGUUCGGAAUGCACUUUGUAGGAUAUUUCUCAAAGGUUUAUGGGGCUAAUCGGCAAUAUGAGAUCAAAUGCUAACUAUUCUACAGGAAAAACGCAUAACAAGUCAGCACAAUGUAUCCUGUAUUUUGACAUUGCCGAUACACCAGCGCAAAGGAUACGGGAAUCUACUGAUUGCAUUCUCCUAUCUACUCACGAGACACGAAAAUAAAACGGGGUCGCCAGAAAAGCCAUUCUCCGAUCUUGGAUUGCUGUCCUAUCGAAACUAUUGGAAACUGACUUUAUGCUAUGAGCUCCGUAACCAAUCAGCGCCAGUAACUAUCGUUCAGCUUUCACAACGAACGGGAAUGACACCGGACGACGUCAUCUGUGGUCUGGAGGCAUUAAAUGCUCUGGUAAGGGAUCCAGUUACUGGAACCUACGCCUUACGCAUUGAUUAUCCCGCCCUUGAAGCCCAUAUCCAAAAGUGGGAGGAAAAAGGGUAUGUAAAGCUCAAUCCAGCCGCACUUGUCUGGACGCCUUAUGUUGUUGGACGAUCUCAAGCUGUGCAACUUAACGAGCCCCUGCCGACAAUCGCACCAAGGCCAGAGCCGGUGGCGCCCAGUAAUACCGGAGAUGAUGGAGAAGGCGAUGCGAUCGGAGAUCAGGGCCGGAAUGGUAGUAGAUCUUUGACAGGAGACGCCAUGGACAUGGACAAAAUCGACCCGGCCCUUCAUACGUUUGAUUUAAAGGUUCCAGAGACCCCCUUCACCCCCUUUGCUCCUCCGAAGGCAACCCCAUUGGCUAUGAAAUUUCCAUCUCCUAGCAAGUGGAACUCGCCAAUAAAGUCAUUCAUGCAGGACAAUAACACCGACGAUAUACCUCCUACCAGAUUUGAAAUUGUCCCCCUACCGCCUGGAAGUUAUGCCAAGAAAAUGCGUGCAGGGUCUUCAGCUCCCCGAGGAAGAACCCCGGGCACUAAAAACCGGAAAGGAAGGAAAAUGCUGGACACGCCGAACGGGCUCUCACCUGGAAAGACGAGGGGAGGGAUGAGCGAUUUCCACGGAAGCCCCGCAAUCUCUGCUGGGGCCUCCCGGGAAGGUGCACAGGGAGGUGUAUCAUCUAGUGUGGACCCCGGAAUGCGCCCUGGUUCUAGUUUAGUGGUAGCAUCGGAGGUGUAAUAUAAUGGAUAGCAAAAGAAAAGGAGGGUUUUCCUCAACCUAGAGUUUAUAAGCUUGUUUUUGCUGUCCUUGGGGAAUCUGAAGCCUCUAAUAAAACAAUUCCAUCCUUCUACCGAUUCAAUCACCCCCAAAUGUCGGGACAUUGUUUAUUUUUAUUCUUAUUUUCAGUGGGUCUGUGUAAUUAAGGCUUCUGUAUUGUAUCUUAAACGUUUUCGGGGUUCGGGAUUCAGUUUUCGGGCGGAAAUGGGAUUUUCUACCAUCCAGGGUUAUUAAAUACGGGCGUUUCUCAAGGGGGGUUUUUUUUUUCCACAGAAUCCAAUAACCUCGUUAUCUUUCUCUCCCCCAAGCUCCCUUUUCUACAAUCGUGAAUGCGGGGGGGGGCUGGUUUCGCCAGCUGGUAUAGGGAAUUGCUUUUUUCCCUUUUCCUUUCCUUAUACCACAUGCAAGAGGCAAGGGGAUGCCUAAUGUUGCUGCUGUUGCAUACCCUACUCUACGACGGUGGCUGCCUAACUUCGGAUAUAAUUCUUAUUCGGACUUGGGAUUUAUGGUAUCCUGUGCAGCCUAUCUUGUAUUUGGCAGUUGAUCUCGAUUGAAAACGUGAGAUGAGAACUGACAAGUCUGCAUAAUUUCUUCCUCUGUUGUAAUGAUAAUAUCAAAAUAAAUAAAGAUCGAGUGUUCCACAAAAUUGCACACCCCUAGAAUUCAAAUACGACCAUCGAAUUGAAUUAUUUGAAGGCUAUACAAGCUAAGUACCAAUACAUACUAGUAC